AUGAUGCCGCAAGAAUACUAUUCUCCAACUUCCGGCCAGUUAGUAGUCAAGUGGUAUUGUUGCCCAUCGGAAGGUUGUGGACGCUUCUACCGUGAUCCGGAAGCUCGUAGCCUCCAUAUUAUCGCUGAACAUAGCCCGAGAACCUGGGCUAUGAAUAUUUUGAAUAGCCAUCCAAAUGGUGAACCGGUAGAGAUCCAGCAACAAUUUGUCCAACCCUGCCCACCCCAAAUUCCUCCACAAGAAGAAGCACUUGAUCGCUACUUCGCCAACCUAAAAACUCCUGAUCUUUUCCAGUCGUCGACACUGCACCAAAAUGGACAGGCGGUUCCGGCGACCACUCAAGCUUAUCCGGUUCAGCAAUCCGGUUUUACUGAUGAAAACGCCGAUCCGCAAAUAAUGUUGGACGUCGUCAACACGCCGCAAUUAUCGCCUGUUGACAUGCAAUGCCUCGGAAUGCCCGAGUAUGGCGUGGCCCCUCAACCUAGGAAUACCAACUUUGGGGCUUCACUGCAAGAAUCCAACCUUAACGGCACGUCGACGCGAAUUUUGGUGCAGACUGAUUUUACCAUGAUGCAGCCUGUACUUCCGACAAAAGUUACGCAAGGAACGCAGACAAUGGAACCAAUCUGCUGCGAACGUUGUGCGUCGGAAUACCAGCAGCAACCGGCUGAGGCGGAAGAAAUGGUUUAUUAUGUACCUUCUGAAGAAGUCGUUGAGGGUCGGGAACCAAGAAAAAGGAAAAUCAUGUCCGAGCCAGAAUCAGAGACUCAGAAGAAACAAAAGCCAAAACAGAGACGAAGACGCCGCGUUACGGAUAAGCUACUCCUCGAGCGCAUUCAAAGAGUGAGCAACAAGAAAACAUACAAUUGUCUACAUCCCAAUUUGCUAAACACAAAGUCGCUUGCUGGGAAGCGACUGGGCAAAGCUGUGAUUGUGAAGGCUUUCCUCGAGUGCCUCAAUCAAGGCUGUGUCCAGCGGCAAAACUUCUGGGAAUCCCUCCAACAACACCUCUCCACGACCCACGUCGAGCGAAAGAAGCUGGGCCGGCCUACCAAAAAACGUACUCUGGCAAUCCGUGCCCAAGCCACGCCACCCAAGCCAAGAGUAUCGACGCGUACACGUAGCGCAGUUCAGAACAAAGAACGCCCUAUAAUCGACCGCAUCGGAAUCGGCUUCGAAUCGCCUCCCUCCUCCCCAACUUCGCCAAGAACCAUCGGAAAUCCCCGAGACUCCUAUGUACUUGACCCGGCCUAUAGUCCUCCCUAUUCCGACAUUUCUUCCCUUUGUGCUACACCCAGAUCCGAGGAUUCCUACUUUCCAAAGUUGAAGCUACGCAAAGAUCCGGUCUCCGGGGGCUAUAUGAGCCCCGGGAACUCGGAGUCUGGCUUUGAUUCUGGCUCGGAAUCUCCCGUUCCGGGACCUCCCGGUAUACGGUAU